AUGGCCAAGAAGGCGCGCCAGCGAAUCAGUUAUGUUCUCGAGGCGCCCAACUCUUCUCCUGGUGGUCAUCGACUAGGGGUCAAUGGCUUAGCUGUUGAUCGCGACAAUGCGAUUCUUUAUUCUGGCGGCCGAGAUGGCGUCAUCUGCGCAUGGGAUCUGAACCGCAACGGCGCGCGCAACGGAAAUUCGUCUGUCGUGGAUACAACAGCAUCAACCAACGGUCAGCCACGAUCCAUCACCCGAUUUCGUGCCCAGACCCACGCCCACACCCACUGGAUCAACGACAUCACCUUGGCCCAGCAGCACAGCGCGCUGGUAUCCGCCUCUUCCGACCUCCUGGUCAAGGUCUGGCGACCCCAUGCCAGCGACGCCCAGGAACCCGUCACUAUCGGCCAACACGCCGACUACGUCAAAUGUGUCGCUACCCCGAGCCAGUCCACCAACUGGGUGGCCGCCGGCGGUCUCGACCGGAAGAUUAUCCUGUGGGAUCUGUCGGGCGCGGGGAAAUCGCUCGAGAUCGAUGUCCAGGGUGAAGAGGUGUCCCAAAAGGGUAGCGUGUACGCUUUGGGCGUGACCCAUGACAUUCUUGCCAACGGCGGGCCCGAGAGCAUCGUGCGGUUGUGGGAUCCCAGGUCGGGCCAGCGUAUCACCAAGUUUGUCGGACACACUGACAUGAUCCGUGCCAUUCUGAUCAGUGAGUCCGGCGACAUGGUGCUGUCUGCGAGCGCGGACCAGACCGUUAAAGUCUGGAGCGUCACGGCCGGCCGGUGCAUGCAUACCCUGACUAUGCACGACCAGAGCGUUUGGGCAUUGUACUCGGAUGAUCCGGAGUUGAAUAUUUUCUACAGCAGCGACCGCACCGGGCUGGUGGUCAAGACGGAUGUGCGUGAAACCCACGGCGAUUUGGACAAUGGCCUGUCUUUGGCCGUUGCCAAGGAGAAUGAUGGGGUCAGCAAGAUGGUGGCAUGGGAUAACAGUAUCUGGACGGCGACAGCUACCGCAUCGAUUAACCGGUGGAAGGACGUGGAUACGGGCUGUGGCAUGCGGCUCCCACCGGCAUACAGGCAACAUAGGGAGUCCCUGGUGACGGUACGGAGUCGAGAGACUACGAGUGCUGCGGGAAGUGCAGCAAGCGAGGGCGGGCACCCGGAGAUACCGGCCAAGUCUAUUCUCCGGAUAUCGAACACGGCAUCGUUUCCGCUGGUCUUAGGUCGGGAUGGAGAAGACCCGUUCCCGGGGCUGACUAGGAACCCCUCGGAGCUGACGGAGCAUGUGGUUAGCCUCGUGGAGCCGAUUCAUCACUUGCCCGAGGAGACCAUCGAGGGCCAGUUUGGGCUCGUGAAACACAGGUUGCUCAAUGACAGGAGACGGGUGUUGACGCUGGACACGGCGGGGGAUGUGUUGAUGUGGGAUUUGAUUCAGUGUCGCCCUAUCAAAAGCUUCGGGAAACGCCAUCUUGAGGACGUGGAGCCUGAGGUGAACACACGCGAAACGGUGGCGCCGUGGUGCUCGAUUGAUAUUAGUUCGGGGAACCUCACGGUCGUGAUGGAGCCGUACAACUGUUUCGACGCCGAGAUGUACGCGGAUGAGCUGGUUUUGGAAGAGCCCGUGGAGUUUAGGGAGGAUCAACGAAUCAACCUCGGGAAAUGGGCUCUUCGAUACCUCUUCGCGAACCUGAUCGACGAGGAAAUCCGGCGAGACGAGGCGUUCCGACAAAAGCUGAAUGAGGGCGCGGCAAAGAGGAUAGCGGCUGGGAGAAUGGGCCCGCCGCUGGCAAUCUCUAUCCCUUCGCAGCCGAACUGGGGCCCGGCAGACUUAUCCUCAGCCACGCCGAGGGCGAGCGGGCCGCAGUAUGUGCCGAUGACGCCGGGGUUCGGAAUAGGAUUGGCGACUCCCGGCUCACCAGCACCGCCUGCGUUAGAGAGCCUUACUACACCCCUCAGCCCCUUGGUCGAUAAGCGGUCAUCGCAGGUCAGCCGCCCGUCGCAGGAGAGGGAGGAUUACUUUUCGGAUGCGAUCCAGAGUCCCGACGGGUUGCUUAGGCCUGGUCAAACGCCUCUUGCGGCUGAGACGCCCGGGGGAGAUGACAAGCAGCCGAAGACCUCAGUGGAUGGGGGCAAGGAUAAGGACGGCAAGGAGAAAGACGGGAAGGACAAGGACAAGGACAAGGACACAGCAAAGUCGCCAGGCACUACGUUCGGCAAGAAGUUCCGCAUGGGCAUGUCCUUUGGCACUAAGAAGCUCGGCCGGUCCCUUUCGACAGCCACAGCUGAGAAACCAGUGGUUUUGGACGAGAAGGCGGAGGAAUCCGAGUCAUCUUCCGGCCACGAAAAGGAAUUUGAAGACAGCUUCCUUGGCGUGGUUCAAAGACUGCGCAACGAGUACGAGAAACAGAUCGCGGAUAAACCAGAUGAGCUCGUCGACAGUCGUAUCGCGCCCAGCCUGGCCAAUGACACUCCCGUGCUCAAAUUGCCCGCAGGGACGAAAGUGAUUAUCCAAGAAGAAACAUCCGGCGGAUCCGCCGAGAUCUACCGCGGCACUGUUGCGUCCGCCGGGGCCGACGCCGACAUAAUCGAAGCGCGCGCGCCGCAGUGGUUGGGCGAUGUGCUGUUGCUGAACGCCUUGCCGCCCAAGGACCCUGUCAAGAUCUCGUUUGUGCUGCACCCGUGGAAGGAGACGCUGCCGCCGAUUGUGUCGGUGGACGGGAACAAUCGGUUGAAUGCAAAUCGGAUGUUGAGGGUGCGGAAAAUCUUGGCGUAUGUGGCCGAGCGGAUCGACCCGGAUGUGGCGGCUGCGAAGGCAGCGGCGGAGGGUGAGAAUCAACAGCAGCCGGUAGAAGGGCUGAUGAAGCCGGAGGAGUAUUUGGAGUUGUACUGCAAUGAGCAGUUACUCCCCCUUAAAAUGACGCUGGCCACACUACGCACACAUGUCUGGCGGGGCGGGAAUGACGUUGUGCUGCACUACAAAGCCAACGGGCGCAAGGAAAUCCCGAUACCGUCACCUCAGCCGUCUGAUGAUGUGAUGGAGGAGAAGGCGGGGACAAGAGAGAGCUCGGAGGCGACGGCAUCGAAGGCAUAG